CCCUUUUCUCUCUUUUUUUAUUAUAAACACUCGAGUAUUAUUGUAGAAUAAAUGUCAGAAAGCCAGCAACUUCAUGUCAUCAUUAUUGGUGCAGGUGUCAUAGGCGCAUGUACUACUUAUUUUUUAUCCAAAAACCCAUCAUGCAAAGUUACAGUCAUUGAAAAAACAGACAUAGCUUGUGGUGCCAGUGGUAAAUCCGGUGGGUUUCUUGCCUUGGACUGGAACGACCACUCUGAGUAUUUAAAACCGUUCUCUCAAGCAUCAUUCCAACUGCAUCAAGAGCUCGCAAAGGAGCUAGACGGUGCAAGCCAGUACGGUUACAGAGCACUUGAUACAUACUCUAUUGUCUUUGAUCGUAAAAGUGACACGUAUUCCAAGAAGAAAGAUCCACUCGAGUGGGUCAAUAAGGACGCCGUUCGUUCCAUAGAACAAAUUGGCACACUGGAAACUACAGCUCAGCUCCACCCUGAGUUCUUUACACGAAAGCUGAUAGAAGAGGCCAAGCGGACUGAACGCGUAGACGUUCGAAUCGGGCAAGGCGUAGCAAGGUUGAUUUACGAGAAUGGUAAGGAUGUACGCGGUGUCGUGUUGGAUGAUGGUACAGAAAUUCAUGGUGACCGCGUGGUUGUUUGUAUGGGCCCCUGGAGCAAGAAUUUGCCUUUACCGUAUGAUACUAUUCGUAUAAAGGGAUCACACGUACAUUCGAUUGUUCUGCAACCACAAGAUAGAAUACCAGGUCAUGCCUUAUUCACAACAAUCAUGCAUGAAUCAAAGAGAUUUGAGCCCGAGGUUUAUCCACGAGCCGACGGCACCGUGUACAUCUGCGGCGCUUCUGAUCAAGAACCACUGCCGAAAUCUGCCGACCAAGUAAUCGUAAAUCCAAAGUCUAUCGAGGAUCUUACUAAUCAAGCUGAGCUGAUCUCACCCAAGUUGUCGAGAGAGAAUUCAGAAGUGAUUAGACGUCAAGCGUGUUAUUUGCCAGUAUCAGAAGAAACAAAUGCGCCUUUGAUUGGACCACAUCCACGCUAUGAAAAUCUGUACUUGGCCACUGGACAUUCAUUCUGGGGAAUACUAAAUUCGCCCAUCACUGGCAAGAUGAUGUCAGAAUGGCUAUUAGACGGGAAAGUCAGCUGCGUGAGUGAAGCUGUUGCUGAAUACUUUAUGCCUUCAUAACAAUAAAUUUACGCCCAGUUUCUGUUUAAAUCAACUAACAUGUUUUCUUUUUGUGUCAAAUGCUGGUACCCAAGCUUAUUUAUAGUUUCCUCCAUUGUCUAGUGUCAAAGCCCUUGAAUACCAAUUGAGUCUGAACAAAACCUGCUGACACCAUACUGAAUCAGUUGCUUACCAAAAUGAUCAAAAAGCGACUAGGGAGUUGUGUAAAAAGCCGACCUUACAUACUCGUUGAAAAAGAUACUUUAAAACCGCCCAUAUAAAAAAAAGCAAUUGGUGACACUUCAGAAAAGACUCUGUAUG